AUGGACCUUUUGAAAGAUCCUGUCAAUGAUCGAUAAGUGAAAACUUUGAAGCCUCCACCUCAUCGUCCAUUGUCAAGGAAUCUAAUGUUUCCUGAUAAAUUGAAAAGUAAUCAAGAAAUUAUGGAAUAGACAAACCUGAUUGGAAAUUGUUAAGAGAUCAUUUACAAAAAGAGGGAAGAAUAGCUAAAGAGGAUCUAUUUAAAUUAGUUGCUGAUUGUAAUAAAUUAUUGAGUAAUUAAUAAUUAAAUGAAUAGAAAAUGAAGGAAAUGUGUUAUAUUUAUAAGAUCCAUUAACAGUUGUUGGUGAUAUUCACGGGUAAUAAAAUCAAAUUUAUGAUUAGUCAAUAUUAUGAUUUAUUGAAAUUAUUGGAACCUAAAGUAGGUGGUAAUCCUGAAAACACAAAGUAUAAUUUGAAAAUAUUAAUAAUAAUAGAUAUCUCUUUUUAGGAGAUUUUGUUGAUAGAGGUUCAUAUUCAAUAGAAGUAAUAAUAUUAAUGUAUGCAAUAAAAUUGAAUUUCUAAAAUUCAGUAUAUUUUUUAAGAGGAAAUCAUGAAUGUAGAUAAUUAACAGCAUUCUUUAAUUUUAAAGAGGAAUGCUUAUAUAAAUAUGAUUAAGAAACUUAUGAAAUGUUAAUGGAUUCAUUUGAUUUAUUUCCUUUAGCAUGCAUAAUANAACAUUCUAAAAUGAAAACUAUUAAUAAAUUUAGAAAAAGAAUGCAUAUUCUGAAAGCAGUUCAAAAUUUUUCAACUAUAAAAAUCAUAAAUUACUGCUUCUACUCAUUUUGUAGUAAUAAUCAAUGA